AUGGACGCGCCGCGGGGCAUCGGCACCUUCGUGGUGUGGGACUACGUGGUGUUCGCCGCGAUGCUGCUCAUCUCCGCCGCCAUCGGCAUCUACUACGCCUUCGCGGGGGGCGGCCAGCAGACCUCCAAGGACUUCUUGAUGGGCGGCCGCAGCAUGACAGCCGUGCCCGUGGCGCUGUCCCUCACCGCCAGCUUCAUGUCGGCAGUCACCGUCCUGGGCACCCCCUCGGAGGUCUACCGUUUUGGGGCCAUAUUCAGCAUCUUUGCCAUCACUUACUUCUUUGUGGUGGCCAUCAGCGCGGAGGUCUUCCUCCCGGUGUUCUACAAACUGGGAAUUACCAGCACCUACGAGUAUUUAGAGCUUCGAUUUAACAAAUGUGUUCGUCUCUGUGGAACAGUCCUCUUCAUUGUUCUAACGAUUCUCUAUACUGGAAUUGUUAUUUAUGCCCCUGCCCUGGCUUUGAAUCAAGUCACAGGAUUUGAUCUGUGGGGUGCAGUAGUGGCGACAGGUGUGGUCUGCACAUUCUACUGCACACUGGGUGGUCUUAAAGCAGUUGUCUGGACAGAUGUUUUUCAAGUUGGGAUCAUGGUAGCUGGAUUUGCAUCUGUGAUUAUACAGGCUGUAGUGAUUCAAGGUGGGAUCAGCACUAUUCUAAAUGAUGCCUAUAAUGGUGGAAGAUUGAACUUCUGGAAUUUUAAUCCUAACCCUUUGCAAAGACAUACAUUCUGGACAAUUGUUAUAGGAGGGACCUUCACAUGGACCAGCAUCUAUGGUGUCAACCAAUCCCAAGUGCAGAGAUAUAUUGCCUGUAAAAGCAGAUUCCAGGCAAAAAUGUCUCUCUACAUCAAUCUUCUGGGACUCUGGGCAAUCCUCACCUGCUCAGUGCUUUGUGGGCUCGCCCUAUAUUCCAGGUACCAUGACUGUGAUCCUUGGACAGCCAAAAAAGUGUCUGCACCAGACCAGCUCAUGCCUUAUUUGGUACUGGACAUUCUACAAGAUUAUCCGGGUCUUCCUGGACUUUUUGUGGCCUGUGCUUACAGUGGAACAUUAAGCACAGUGUCCUCCAGUAUUAAUGCCUUAGCGGCAGUAACUGUGGAAGAUCUAGUUAAACCUCACUUCAGAUCACUCUCAGAAAGGUCUCUCUCUUGGAUUUCCCAAGGACUGAGUGUGAUGUUUGGAGCUCUGUGUAUUGGAAUGGCUGCACUGGCAUCACUAAUGGGAGCUUUGCUGCAGGCAGCCCUCAGUAUAUUUGGCAUGAUUGGUGGACCACUUCUGGGCUUGUUUGCUUUGGGCAUUUUGGUUCCCUUUGCCAACUCAAUUGGAGCACUUGCUGGUCUUCUGGCUGGAUUUGUUGUUUCUUUGUGGGUAGGAAUUGGAGCUCAACUGUAUCCUCCACUGCCUGAGAGAACUAUGCCACUAAGCCUUGAAACCUAUGGCUGUAACAGCACAUACAAUGUGACAAAUUGGGUGACAACCACAGAAAUGCCAUUUUCUACUAGUGCUUUUCAAGUAUAUGGUGCUGAAAGGACUCCACUGAUGGAUAACUGGUAUUCUUUAUCAUAUCUCUACCUCAGCACUCUUGGAACUUUGGUAACAUUAUUCGUGGGAAUGCUAAUCAGUUUACCAACAGGAGGAAGAAAACAAAACUUAGACCGCAGAUUCCUACUAACCAAAGAGGACUUUCUUUCCAAUUUUGACAUUUUUAAGAAAAAGAAGCAUACUUUAAGCUAUAAAUCUCAUCCGAUAGAAGAUGGUGGAACUGAUAACCCUGCCUUCAACCAUAUUGAAUUGAACUUCACAGACCAAAGUGGCAAGAUCAAUGGGACUCGUUUGUGA